UUCCUCUACGCUCAGUUCGGUCUGUGUCUCCUCUUUCAAAGGGUGCAAGAGUGUGAACAACUCGUCCAACAAAGCAUGUUACACUGCAGACAUGACUUGUCCGUCGGAAAGCGAGAAAAUGGUGAUAAACUGCGGGGGGAUGCGGCAUGAAACCUAUCGAAGCACACUAAAAACGUUGCCCGGUACCCGCUUAUCUUGGCUUACCGAGUCAGACGCCUUUAGGAACUUCGAUUACGACCACAGAAACGACGAGUUCUUCUUCGAUCGCCACCCAUCCGUCUUUUCAUUCAUCCUCAACUAUUACCGCACAGGGAAGUUGCACUGUCCGAAAGAUGUGUGCGGCCCGCUGUUCGAAGAGGAGCUGGCAUUCUGGGGCAUCGAUGAGACGGACGUGGAGGCGUGUUGCUGGAUGAAUUACCGCCAGCACAGGGACGCAGAGGAGGCGUUGGACAGUUUUGAGAAUCCCGAACCGGAGUUGGCAGAGGAUGACCCAGCGCUACCAGGACAUGAAUGGGACAUGAAAAGACUGUGCUUGCAUGAGGACGGAAGGAAAAAGACUUGGUGGGAAAUCUGGCGGCCCAGAAUGUGGGCUCUUUUUGAAGACCCCUAUUCCUCAAAAUAUGCCCGGUACUGCGCAUUCGUCUCCCUUCUGUUCAUCCUCAUCUCCAUCUCCACCUUCUGCAUGGAGACGCACGAGGCCUUCAACACCAUCUACAACAAGACGGAGAACGUGACGGAGGGAAACGUGACACGCGAGGUGAUUGUCUACGAGGUGGUGACCGACAGCUGGCUUACGUACGUGGAGGGCAUGUGCGUCAUCUGGUUCACCAUUGAGGUGAUGGCACGCGUGGUCUUCUGCCCGGAUAAGGUCGAGUUCUUCAGGAGCACCCUCAACAUCAUCGACUUCAUUGCCAUUAUGCCCUUCUACCUGGAGGUGGGGCUGAGCGGCCUGUCCUCCAAAGCCGCCAAGGACGUAUUGGGGUUCCUGCGUGUGGUCCGCUUCGUGCGCAUCCUGCGUAUCUUCAAGCUGACCCGCCACUUCGUGGGACUUCGCGUCCUGGGCCACACGCUCCGCGCCAGCACCAAUGAGUUCCUCCUGCUCAUCAUCUUCCUUGCUCUCGGAGUGCUCAUCUUCGCAACCAUGAUCUACUAUGCCGAGCGCAUCGGCGCAGACCCCGACGACCCUACGGCUGCCAAACACACAAACUUCAAGAACAUCCCCAUUGGCUUCUGGUGGGCUGUGGUCACCAUGACCACUCUGGGCUACGGGGACAUGUACCCCGAGACGUGGUCGGGGAUGCUGGUGGGUGCGCUGUGCGCCCUGGCGGGGGUGUUGACCAUCGCCAUGCCUGUGCCCGUCAUUGUCAACAACUUUGGCAUGUACUACUCACUGGCCAUGGCUAAGCAGAAGCUGCCCAAGAAAAAGGGCAAGCACAUCCCCCGGCCCACCAUGCCAGGCUCGCCCAACUACUGCAAGCCCGACGCCCUCGCCCUGGCCACUGCCUCGCCCCAUAGGAUCCUGGGUAAUGUAUUCGGCGAGGUGAUCUGGUCCGGAGGCCUUGACUGCCCCCUCGCUCAAGAGGUCACAGAGAUCAACCGAGAGUCCAAGCAGAACGGCGACGCGGCCGCUGCGGUCCUGGCGAACGAGGACUGCCCCACCAUUGACCAGGUGCUGUAUCCGGAGCGAGAGGGCGCCCGAACCACACGGGAACGCUACCAGCAGGACCGUGCUUGCUUCCUGCUCAACACCAGGGAAUUCCGUGCCACAGAUGGGAAUGUGCGGAAAGUGUUAAGUUUCUAGCAUCGGCCUUUUCUCUGAAGACAUACUGAGUCAGUUAAUCAGAAAUUAUCGGAGAGAGCCACUUUACCAAGACGUGUGACACAGAUGGACAGUUAAAAGGAGGAUCUUUGGUGUGACGAGCAAUACCGGAGGGGAAUCAAGAUGAACAUUAGGUUGGAUCUUUAUGUGCUGUUUCCAAAGCAGCCUCUUGGCAACUCCGACCACCCUUUUGAAGACUGUCCAACAGAUCACAAUAACUGACUGAGCAUUGCAGAGAAAAGGACUCCUACUGCAACAUUCCAGAAGAUGUUAUAUUGCGACGCUCAACCAUCUCAUACAGUAACAAAUAACCGACUGCCGUGCUGAUCUACUGAGUAACUUAGAGAAUCCAUGAAUUAUCACUCACCUAUACACGAGGGAGCAGGUCUAACUGACUUUGUAGCACCUCUGCUAACACUGUAGCAUUUGUUGGUAGGGAAAUUAUUGUCAUGACCUUAUCCAUCAACAGUUUGAACAGAGUGAUGUGAAAAUACGCACCGAAAUCUCAACUUUACAUGCCUUUUUCCUCUUGUGUUACUUACCUUUACAAGAAAUUAUUGUACAUGAGAGACAAAGACAGGUUCCACCUCAAAUGUUUAUUUGUAAAAUGUGUAACAACAACUAAACCGGUUAAAUGAACAGAGAACUGAAUUUAGACAUGUCUGUUCUCCCACCUCAUGAGUUCAUGACUUGUGGAGUUAAAGGCUUGAAUGAUAACCAAUCUCUAUGUAUUCCAUUCAAUUUGGAACAAUGAUCCCAGGACACCAACAUAUGUACUUAUUACACUAUGAUACAGUGCAUACUGUAUGUCGAUGACAAUACCAAAUGGAUGUAGCAUCAACCGAGAACCUAUUAGUACUAUAUAUAUAUAUAUAUAUAUAUAUAUAUAUACACAAAAGUAUGUGGCCUUCCCUUCAAAUUAGUGGAUUCGGCUAUUUCAGCUACACCUGUUGCCAACAGGGGUAUAAAAUAAAGCACACAGCCAUGCUAUAGCCAUCUAUAUAGCCAUCUCUAUAGCCAUCUCUAUAGCCAUCUCUAUAGACAUCUCUAUAGCCAUCUCUAUAGCCAUCUCUAUAGACAUCUCUAUAGACAUUGGCAGUAGAAGGGCCUUACUGAAGAACUGUGACUUUCAACGUGGCACCAUCAUAGGAUGUGAUCUUACCAACAUGUCAGUUUGUCAAAUGCCCUGCUAGAGCUACCCUGGUCCACUAUAAGUGCUGUUGUUGUGAAGUGGAAACAUCUAGGUGCAACAACAGCUCGGUGGUAGGCCACAGAACGGGACCGCCGAGUGCUGAAGCGCAUAAAAGUCAUCCUCAAACACUCAGUACCAAGUUCCAAACUGCAUCUGGGAAAGGGGAUACAUAGUCAGUUGUACCACUGAAUGCAUUCAACUGAAAUGUCUUCAGCAUUUAACCCAACCACUCUGAAUCAGAGAGGUUUGGGGGGGCUGCCAUAAUCAACAUCCACGUCUUCAGCACCCAGGGAACACUGGGUUAACUGCCUUUCUCAGGGGUGGAACAACAGAUUUUUACCUUGUCAGCUCAGGGCUUCAAUCCAGCAACCUUUCGGUUACUGGCCCAACGCUCUAACCACUAGGCUACCUGCCGCCCAUCUGGAAGCAAUGUCUGCACAAGAACUGUUCAUCGGGAGCUUCAUGAAUUGGGUUUCCUUGGCCGAAUGGCCGCACACAAGCCUAAGAUCAACAUGCACAGCUGGAGUGGUGUAAAGCCAUUGGACUCUGGAGCAGUGGAAACACAAGAAUCAUGCUUUGCAUCUCGCAGUCCAACAGACUGGCUUUGGCGGAUGCCAGGAAAACGCUACCUGUCCCAAUGCAUAGUGCCAACUGUAAACUUUGGUGAAGGAGGAAUAAUGGUCUGGGGCUGUUUUUCAUGGUUUGGGCUAGACCCCUUAGUUCCAGUGACGGGAAAACAACGCUACAGCAUACAAUGACAUUCUAGAUGAUUCUGUGCUUCCAAGACACUGGCCCGUGCACUAAGCGAGGUCCAUACAGAAAGUGUUUGUCGAGAUCGUUGUGGACGAAUUUGACUAGCCUGCACAGAGCCCUGACCUCAACCCCAUCGAACACUUUUGGGAUGAAUUGGAAAGCCGACUGUGAGCCAGGCCUAAUCGCCCAACAUCAGUGCCCGACCUCACUAAUGCUCUUGUGGCUGAACGGAUGCAAGUCCUCAGUAAUGUUCCAACAUCUAGCGGAAAGCCUUCCCAGAAGAGUGGAGGCUGUUAUAGCAGCACUGUUCCAACAUCUAGUGGAAAGCCUUCCCAGGAGAGUGGAGGCUGUUAUAGCAGCACUGUUCCAACAUCUAGUGGAAAGCCUUCCCAGAAGAGAGGAGGCUGUUAUAGCAGAAAUGUUCCAACAUCUAGUGGAAAGCCUUCCCAGAAGAGUGGAGGCUGUUAUAGCAGCAAUGUUCCAUCAUCUAGUGGAAAGCCUUCCCAGAAGAGUGGAGGCUGUUAUAGCAGGGGUUGGGACAACUCCAUGAUUUUGGAAUGCGAUGUUCCACAUACUUUUGGUCAUGUAGUGGUUUCCCCCUAGAAAAAAUGGUUAAACAAGACUGUAUGACCAGCCUAUAAAGUAACAGCAGCCCAUACUGUUAUGGGAUGAACAUUCCAUAUAUCUAGAGCAAAGCUUUGAACUGCCUUUGGUACCUUGGCUAUCGCCUUGCUUUCGUACAAAAGUACAAGUAAGAAAUGCCAUUAAUGUAUAUAACAGAGGUAAUUGCUGAGUAUUUUUUUUUAACGGAUUGAAUUGACUUAUUUAUUACAAUUACAUUCUUCUUGAACAAAAACCCUUAAUGCACAUGUAUGACAGAUCCUGCUAUCGGUCACUAGAAAUGGACUAACUACAGCUCAAGUCAAUCAGCUCAAGUGGAGCACAGACUGACUGAGGUCAAGUCCCAUACAGAGACCUGCCAACAGCGGGAUUACGGUUCUAACUUAACUACAGCACAGAGGACGUCUCCACAAUAAGGACACCUUGAAGUCCCAUCAAAAUGUGUCCGGUGGUGGAAUAAGGUCUCUGCUGGUGUUUUUGCAAGAACCAAACAUGCACUUGUUACUAUUAUUCCAGAUGCAUAUAUACUGCCAAUGAGGAAAAUAUGACCCCUAAUGCUUAUACUGCCCCCGUCUCUCUCGUUUCCCUUGCUGCCAAUCAAUGAUCAAUGACUGCAUUAGGGGUCAAGCUUCUAACAAGAUAGGGAUGGCCCUCCAAAGGAGACCAUUUCAUAAAGGAAAACCGAGGACCAAUGGACCAAGGAAAAUACAAAGGUGGGGGUGUGUACAAAGAGAACAAAUGUAUAUUUUGAUAAACUAUCCAUGGCUUCAGAUGGAGAAAACGAGGCAAAAAAAAUGCUAUUUGGAAAAUCAGUUGCAAAUGUCUGUUAAUAUUAUAAAGAUCUAUAUCGGAAACUGGUUUUGCAAGAAGUAAAGAGGGAAAGGUGAAGGAAUAAUAUACGAAAAUUACUUUUUUGGAAAGGUGAUGUGGUGGGUGGACAUUAGUAUCUGUGUUCCAACAGGAAAGAGAAUAAUGGACUCGUGAGUGAGAAAAGAUGUGGGGAUGGCCAGAGUGGGUGGACACUGAGAUUUCAACAAAUGAACUUUGUUUACCAGCAUGUUUACUCUGCAUGACUUUCUUUUCUGCAAGCCUUUAGUUGAAGACAAGGG